UUUUAUUAAUUCGAGAUAAAUGAGAUCAAAUUGAAUAUUUGAGGGCGUCAUUGUACAAAUCUAUAUAGUUGGAGGGGUCUUUUUGCAAUUUUUCUCUUCUCGGUGGUUUGGCUCGGCGGGACCGGAGAUCUAUAUAAAGCGUUUACCGGUCAGACCUCUUGACUUUCGUAAUCGGCAUUUGCCCACCGAAAAACCCUAAUCGUUGCAUUUUCUCUCUCUCUCUCUCUCUCUCUCUCUGCUUCGUCUGAAAGAAGAUCUGCAGCUUUGAAACAAUGACUUUCAAGCGCAGGAACGGUGGACGUAACAAGCACGGACGUGGACACGUUAAGUUCAUCAGGUGCUCCAACUGUGGCAAAUGCUGCCCCAAGGACAAGGCUAUUAAGAGGUUUCUCGUGAGGAAUAUUGUGGAGCAGGCUGCUGUUAGGGAUGUUCAAGAAGCCUGUGUCUAUGACCAAUACACUCUUCCUAAGCUUUAUGCAAAGAUGCAGUACUGUGUUUCCUGUGCCAUUCACUCACAUGUUGUGAGAGUUCGAUCUCGUACUGAUAGAAGAAAUCGGCAACCACCACAGCGUUUCAUCAGACGCAGGGAUGAUCAGCCAAAGCCUGGCCAGCCAGGUCAAGCACCUCGUCCUGCUGGAGCUGGAAUUCCUGCUCGUGUAUAGAAGAAACCUUUAUAUGGCUUCUACGAGCAAUACAUAGGAAUGUCUACAGUCACUCUAUUAUAGUUUGGUCGUUUUCUUUGGGGAUGGAAGUGAAUUUUAGAAUGAAUAUGGAAACUUACGGGAGAAUUUUGCAGGUUAGGAGCGUGGGAGGUAAUUUAGUUAGUUAAUGGAUUUUUUACAGUUUCUUGUUUGGAUACUCCAUAUGUAUAGGGAAGGGGCAACGAGAAAGCAGCAUGAAAAUUAGAUUAAGAUUGUUAAUUCCAUACCCCUUUAUGACACUUAAUUUCCAUCCCAACAGCAGGUGUAUGUUUGUGUCUGUGACA